AUGAACAACAAUUCUGAUCAUAUUAGUUCAAAUAAGGACGAUAUACCAACAGUCAAUUUUAUCAAAUGGCCGUUGGAUAUGGACGAUGAUGAAUUUCGAGCUGGUUAUCCAUUCACAUCCAUUUCAUUGAAAGAAAUAAAUGAGCAAAAUAAAACAUGGUGUGCUCAGUCAUUAACAUCUGAUAAUAGUGCUUUUGAAUCUGCUUAUUCAAAGAAUAAUGACUUCAAUAAAACAACAAAGGAAGACGACGAAUCCAAUCGUGUCUUAUUUCGUGAAUAUGAUAAACUCGUUAAACUUAAUUUAAAUUCGUCUAAAAUUCUCGAUGAUAAUAAUGAUUGUAAUGCAAAUAUAAAUCAAAACGAAGAUCAUUAUAAUAUUGUGAAAACCAAUAAUGAUAAUGAUAAGCAGAUCAAUCAAGCACAGCCAGCUAAAUAA